UCUGGGCCCGUGUCGUUUACUUUUCAUCCUGUUUGCAAGAUGGCAAAGAAAAAAGAAUCCCAUAAUAAAAAGUCGACCAAAGGGAAGUCUACGCGCGAGAAACUUAUCACUAGUCAACUCCAUCGCUUGGGGAAAGUCGGUGGACUGAAAGAUCUUCGACUUGGACAGCGAGGUCGGCAUGGUGCACCAGAACAAUCUGCUUUGCAGAGGCACAUAGUGGAGAAGCUUCGACAACUAGAUAAAGUCACUUUUGAACAAGACGAAGAUGACCCAAUGCACCGCGCGGCAUUUGGAGAUGGAAACAAAAUGAGCUCGUUGCACUUCCGCCUUGACGACCAAGCAGACGGUGGAAUUCAAGCUGAUGCUGCCGAGGAGUUCUUUGGCCGUGCACGUGAUUCAGGCUCAUUCAGGGACGCUCUGUCGGAGAAAAUAGCAGCUUCAAAGCUCGAAAAACUUAAACGCGUCGAAGAGAACGAGGAACAGAGGGGACGUUUAAAAACGGUGGAUACGGAAUGGUCGCAGAAAAUAAGAUUCAUGCUUUCCCAAAUCCCUUCCUUGAAGUCCAAGGUUGUACCAUCGGCGAGGUCGCGAGGAAAUCAAACCUCAGUUUCCGCACUUCUUGAAGAGCUAAGUACUGACAGAAAAAUCACUCCUGCGGAUGUGAAAACAUCGGAGGGCUCUGAAGAAAAACACCUUAAAAAACUUCAAAUGGUUAUCGAAAGCCGAUUAGCUGCACCGGUCGACCAUUCAUCGAUUUCUGCAGAGCCUGUGAGUCCAGGAAAUACAAAAUUGACCGAAAAUGCAUUAUUACGCGUCUUGUUGCGAAUGCCGGAACACGAAAGGAAGACCGUUGACUUUCUCGCAGACCGAUUGGGUCAAGCUCAGUUCCGUAAUCUGAAGGAUAUUAUUCGGCACCUGUAUCUGGCCCAGUUGCUUGUGCAACAUUUUCAUACCAAAUCCGCGCGUGAUGUGCGAACGACUCCUAUCGAAACACACAAGUCCAAGGGAAGCGCAGUUUUGUCUCCUGAACUGGUGAAUGUGCUUGCUCGAAUGUGGAAUCAGGCAGGAUCAUCAUCGAGUUCGGGUAAACAGGAACCUUUCAAGGAGUGUUCGGGCGAUGAAGAUCGAAAACUUCUUGUUCUGCGUCGGAGCAUGGUGGACACUGAGCUUGAAUCCUACGACAAGUUGGAUAUUAACUGGGUGGAGUCUCCCACCAAGUUACCUCGAGAACAAUUACCUCUCAUCCGACUUGCCUGUCUGAACCGAUUAGCUCACCUGUCACUGGAGAUUCACCAACUUUACGCGAAGCUUUUGCCCGCUUGUGUCUGUGCACAGCUGUUUGCCUCAAUGCGAACCAGUCUGACGGCCUUAGACAUGUCCCGUUUGCCGGAAAAGCUGAGGUUACACAUCACCGAGCUUCAGCAGUUGAUUGACCUAACUGUCACGGCUCCUACACCUAACCCACUGUCUUUCAACGCGCGUCUCACAAUCCUGUCAUCUGAACAGUCCUCCAACGCGAGGACAUUGAAGAAAUUGGGAUUAGUCCCGCAAUUGGAACCGAGGUUCGAGGAACGCCUGGAUGCGCGCCGUCCGAAAGCUGGUGAUCUUAAACGUUCUUUGAAACGAAAAGUCGCACGCGAGAAACGUGGUGCAAUGCGUGAAAUCCGCCGCGAUGGCGAGUUCCUCGCUGCUCACCAGCUCAAAAUGACCAAGACAAGUGACGAAACGCGCAACAAGAAAACUCAGGCAAUUCUGAACUCUCUGCGAGCAAUUGAAGACUGAGUACUUACUAUCUCAGAUCAUUGUAAAUAAAUUCUUGGUGAUCUUGUUUCC